AUGGAUCCCGACCCUUAUCAACAACCAACAACUCAAUUGCAUUAUACGAUAGCCAAUAUUUCGUUACACAAGUUGUACCAAAUUGCCCAUGGUACAUCCUCAUGUUUACGACAGCAUGUUCUCAUACGGAACCUAUUGAUGUGCGGAUCGUUUGAUACGAUUCUAAAGCCUGAACAUCAUAAUUCAAACCUUUAUCAGCCCGCUAAGAAUAUAGAACCAGCUGCUCUUCCAUCCGACGAAGAUGUGUGGCUCGAACGAUGCUUUGAUGACUUGAACGACACUGACGAUGACAUGGAAGACGAUUAUGAUGCAGCAUUGGACGACGAUGAGCCAACCCAAGCUACGCCGUGGAUGUACACAUAUCACCGUGACCAAGAAGACAGCAGUCAUAAUGCCGUGGUGCCAAGCUUCAAAAUUCAGCAACAAGUCGUCCUAGUCAUCCCCUUUUCUCAUCUGCGUGACACGAUCACUUCCAGGGAGGCAGCAGUCGGGAGUAUUGUCUCAGCCGAUGAUCAUGCCUCUACAAGUGAAAAAAGAUUUUCACCCCACCAUUAA